CUACUGCCACAGCUCCUUCAAUCACCAUGUUUCGUCCCUCACAAAUAGCUCGUCAUACUAACCCCUUCACACUCAUCUCGACUCCCAAUCUCUUGCGGCGGUCAUUCUCUCUCUCCGCCCUCUCUCUGGCCGACAAGCCACUCCCUCCUCGCCUAAAGUUCCAGGAUGCCGACUUGACGAUAUCUUACCUGAAGGGCACCGGCCCCGGUGGUCAAAAAAUUAACAAAACCAAUUCCGCCGUCCAGAUUAUUCACAAGCCCACUGGCAUAGUCGUCAAAUCGCAAGCUACCCGGUCGAGGUCGCAAAACGAGAAAUAUGCUCGUCACAUCCUAGCGGAUAAGGUCGAGGAGCUUCUGAAUGGGGACAAGAGUCGUGCCGCCAUCAAGGCUGACCGCGCGCGAAAGAAGAAGGCAAGUAAGGUGAAGAAGGCUCGGCGCAAAUAUCGGGAGCUAGAGAAGGGCCAGGAAGGAGUAACAGAAGAGGUCGAGGGGGUGGAGAAACCUCACGAUGAGGAAGACAACGCGAGCAAUACUGACUCCCAUCGCCAUGAAGAAGACAAAGCCAACGAGCUCUCAGAAGCACAGGAGCCUGAGCAGAAGAGAUAGACAAGCCUAUUAGCCAUCAUUUCCUCGAGAGUUACAGCAGGUACUGCAGCUUUUUCGUUUUCUCCAUAAAUUCUAGAUAACGCGUUUUGAAGUGACGUGUUUAUCGAGAUGAAUACGCGCCGUACGUGCCGUUGUCACAUACAGAUUGAAUUAAAUAUAACCAUUAUAGCAGAUU